CGCCCAGCCAAGCGCCUCUUUCACUGGUGGCCUCGCAUUGUCGCGUCUGCAUCUGUGCAACGCAGGAACAGUUGUUGCUGAUACUAUCAGACAUCUGCGUACAUACUUACUUACAUACCUACAUACAGACAUACCACAUACUUACCUUUUCUGCCUUUCUGUGCUCAUCAUGUCUGCCCUCUAUGAACAAUUCUUUUUGCUCGGUGAUAGCAUCACCCAGGACUCUUUUUCCCAGGAACGGGGUUUUGCAUUUGCUGCAGCUCUCCAAGCCGCAUACAUAAGGCGACUCGACGUGGUCAACCGAGGCUUCAGCGGCUACAACACUCGUCAAGCUCUCCAGAUCUUACCGGCUAUCGUGCCACCCCCAAGUCACGCCAAGAUUCGGUUCAUGACCGUCUUCUUUGGCGCAAACGAUGCCUCGCUGCCAGACGCUCCCAACAAGCAGCACAUUCCGCUCGAUGAGUUCAAGGCCAACCUGCGCGCCAUAGUCUCCCACCCUUGCAUACUCGCCCACGCGCCUCGCAUCAUCCUCGUGGCGCCUCCCCCGAUGAACGAGCACUUGUGGUGGCCCAGAGACCAGUCCAGUGGGUAUGCCACCGUCUCGCGAUUGGCCGAGACCACCAAGAUCUAUGCCGAUACAGUCGUCCAACUAGGCGCUGAACUGCAUCUCCCAGUACUCAACUUGUGGAAAGCAUUCAUGUCGCGGACUGACUUCAACGUCAAUGCGUGGAAACUCGGGGACCACGUUCCUGGUUCCUUGGCACUGCCCCCGAGUGACGCAUUGGCCGACCUCAUGUACGAUGGCCUACACAUGAACCCAGCAGGCUACCAGAUCCUCUACGACGAGUUGAUCAACGUCAUUUCACACAAUUGGCCUGACCAGUUACCAGGCAAACUCCCCAUGGUUCUGCCGCCAUGGAACGAUGAGGUUGCUUGGGAAGCAUGGAAGAAUGAUCAUGUAGCUGUACAAAAAAAAUAGGGACCUUGGAGACAUUCACCACUUUGUACUAUACAUACAUGUAAGUAAUGUAAGUACAUCGUACACAACAGUGCCCAUGCCUAAGUAUGCAGCCGCCCGCAGCGGGCAAUGAGCGGGGGUGCUUUGGGGAAUACGGGAUGCACGUCUGGACCAAUCGGACCUGGGCCGUAACUCCGAGAGGCAGGUGCUUAGCGGCGUAGCCUCGAAUGAACCUCAUCGUACUAGCAUCGUGCUGAACGUACGCAAAUACUUGCCAUCGCAAACACUCGAG